UUAUUCGAACAAAACUGAGAACUACAAUCAAACCCUCGAGUCGGAAGUACGAAAACACUUGAAAGCUUCAAUGGCUACCGAAAACAAAGCAAAAGGCAACACUGUGACAGCCAAAGGCAAGAAGAGGAAGCAGUAUCUUCCCUACAAUAAAGCAGUUAAAAAGAAAGGGGCAUACCCAUUAAGGCCUGGCAUUCAAGGUUUCUUUAUCACUUGUGACGGUGGCAGAGAACGACAAGCUGCUCAUGAAGCUAUCAAUGUUAUUGAUUCUUUUUUUGAAGAGCUAGUCAAUGGAAAGGAUUUUGGAGAGGAACCUGCAUUGUUACCGAAUAAGCCUCUAAAUAAAAAGAUUACAUUCUCAUAUAGUGAUGAUGAAGGCGAUGAUGAAGAGGAGGGUGACGGUGAUGAAGGAGAGGAGGAAGGGCAAGAGGAAGUUAUUAAAUUAGAUGCUAGUAGAGAAAAUGAUGCUAGUGAAGAUUGUUUAACCAAUAAGGAUUUGGAUCAUCCAAAUUCAGAUGAUGUGUGCCAUGGAAAGAUAGCAGAAGAGACUAGUGAUGCACAGAAGGAGGGGGCAAAUAUUGAAAAUCAAGUAGAGAAGUUGGAGGAGCCACCAGAAAAGAAACAAUGCCAUGAAACAGAUACAUCAAAUCAAGUAGAUAAGUCGGAGGAGCUUCCAGCAAAGAAACAAUGCCUUGAAACUGAUAAAUCAAAGAGUGCAACCAGUGAGAAAGAUAAAUCUAUUGAUAAGCUUAUUGAAGCUGAACUCAACGAGCUUGGAGAUAAGAGUAAGAGGCUGUUCUUCAACCUUGAUUCAGGCUGUAAUGGUGUUAUCUUUGUUCAAAUGCGGAAGAGAGAUGGAAUUCCUGGCCCCAAAGAUAUCGCUCAGUAUAUGAUGACGUCUGCUGCAUCAACAAGGAAGCACAUGUCGAGGUUCAUUUUAAGAGUCUUACCUAUUGAAGUAGCAUGCUAUUCUUCAGAAGAGGAAAUUACAAGAGCAAUGAAACCUCUCAUUGAGCAGUAUUUUCCAGUGGAGACACAGAAUCCUAGGAAGUUCGCUGUACUAUACGAGGCGCGUGCAAACUCUGGUGUUGACAGAAUGAAAAUCAUAAAUUCGGUUGCAAAGUCUGUACCUGCGCCGCACAAAGUUGAUCUUAGCAAUCCUGACACCACUAUUAUAGUUGAAAUUGUGAAGACAAUCUGCUUGAUUGGGGUUGUUGAGAAGUACAAGGAGUUGGCAAAAUAUAACCUGAGGCAACUUACAUCACCAAAGCAAUAGAGAAUAGAGAUGCUGGUUCCGUUGAUGGAGCUUCAAGCAGCACUUUAGAAAACACCUGUUAGCUAGCUUUUCUGGCUUUUGUCAAAUUUUUGAAGGAAAAUUCAUACAAGUAAUGUAGGUGUCUUUUAUUAAAAAUAAGUGGGUUUUG